CCGGAAGGCGCUGUCGGGGAGCGAUGGCGGCGCUGCUCGGGGGGGCGGCGGCCGCGCUGCUGCGGCGGGGACCGGGACCGGGACUGGGACCGGGACUGGGACUGGGAGCGGUGCUGGGAGCGGGGCAGCGCCGGCACCGGCACAAGGAGAAGUGGGCUACCACGGCCCCCCGCAUCCCAUCCACACGGCUGGCCCUGCACCACUUCGACACGAGCUACAGCCUGCACCUGGGGGAGCUGUGGCCCUCUGUCCGUGCCGGCCUGCUCUGUGAGCAGAAGUACGGCGCCCUCCUCAACAACUUCUCUGCUGUCGACCACGUCACCCAAGAGCUGGAGCUGCUGAAUGCCACCGAUUUCGUUUCCGAAGCCCUCCAAAAGGCACAGCAGUCACAGCGGGGGGCGGCUGCGAGGGAAGCAGUGAGAGGCUCCCAGGAGGGCAGUGUUCAGGGCAGGACUGUGAUACAGGCAGAGACAAUGACACAGGCAGAGACAUCGCCACCGUUUCGUGCCUCCAUCAGCCCCAAAAUCAAGUGUUACACCUUCCCCAGGGGUGACAUCACACGCUUUUGCCCUGCACGGCCAGACAUUUUGGGGCUCCUUGGUUAUUAUCUCAUGGAUGCAGCAUCUCUCCUGCCCGUCCUUGCACUCGAUGUGCAGCAGGAUGACCUUGUCCUUGACCUUUGUGCAGCUCCGGGUGGCAAGACUCUGGCUCUGCUGCAGACUGGGCUUUGUGUAAGUGGAGGGCAUCUGGCAGCCAACGAUGUCUCCAUUUCCCGGACAAAGAGGCUGCACCAGAUCCUUCAUAAGUAUGUUCCCAGAGAAAUCAGGGAAACUGUGAGUGUCACAUCCCACGACGGAAGGGACUGGCAGGAUGUGGACGGUGGCACUUUCCAUAAGGUGCUGGUGGAUGUGCCCUGCACGACGGACAGGCACUCUGCCAUGGAGGAGGACAACAACAUCUUCCACAAGAGGCGAACCAAGGAGCGUCAGAUGCUGCCCAUGCUGCAGCUGCAGCUGCUGAUGCACAGAGGGAAGAACCUUGUGGCUGAUGUGAUCCUUGAUGCUGAUGGGGAUGCCAUAGAAGGACGGGUUACCUGCUCCCUGAACUGCUGGACAGCCUUUGCCAUUUUCUUCAGACCCUCAUCCAAGGUUUUCUGAGCUUCUUUCAUUUUCUUCUGGAUCAUCUUUUUGCCCACCCAUUUCCAGACCACCACAGCUGCCACUGACCUGCCAAGCAGCGUGAGGGCAGCAGAAGUAUCCACCUUCCUCUGUGGCAGGAGCUGCCUCAGCUGCUCCUGGAUCAUGAUGUGGCCUUCGGGUCUGCAGGGAUGGAGUGAGAAAGAAAAGCAAGGCAGGAGCAGAAGACCUUUCCUGCCUCCCCAGACCCAUCCCUCCUCUCAGCACCACUGUCUUGGGUCAGCAAAUAGUUCAAAUAGUUCAGUGUGAAGCUGACCCCUGCAAAGCUGCCGUCUGUGGAGCGUGCAAGGGAGAAUGAUUAACCAGGAAACGGAAAAGGUGACGUUUGGUCAGUGAAUCUUGGGGUGUUGGGUUUAUAGGGGCUUUCUGGGCUGUGGGAAACUCUCCACUGGGAAUGGCUAAGGGGUCAACUGAACAAAAGAAACAAGGAAAUAGCCGUUCUCCUGUUUCCUGUGUAGCCUGAGAGGACAAUGGGAAAAGGGGAAAAAACAGCUUGAAGUUGCAAGACUUCCUUGCACAGGGAUGGGGAAUGUAUGCCGAGGGGAUGCACAGCUGUGGGGUACCCCCAGCUCACCAAAUCCCUUAUGCUACUCCCAUGGUGGCCAGAGGCUGUUGCAGGAGGUCCGUGCUCAGCACUGCCGUGAUGUCUGCACGCACCGGGAGAGGCCGUUCCACUCCAUGACGCUGGUAUUGCUUUAGGAGUGGAAAAUUCCACAGGCUUGCAGGCCAGAAGCAAACUAUUUCCACCAGACAUUGGAAUAGCUGGUGUCUGACAUCUUUCCAGCAGAGAUGACUCUCACUACAAGCACUAGGAGCCACACACUUAGCUGAAGGCAACAACCCAGCCAACAUCAGCCAUGGUCUGUCUGCAGUCUGCUCUGUUGGUUUUGGAUGGUGGGUGCUCCCUAUGGGUUCCCCCUUUGAAAAAGUAUUUGGGCAGCUAUGGAUUGUGCAUUACAAAACUUUGCAAGAUUCUAGAGGAGUGUGGAACUGGGUAUGGAAAGGAAGCUGAAGAGCCCUCUCUCUUCAGGGCUAGGUAGUCCUCUAGUGCUCAUUUUUUCAUUGUCAUGUUCGUUCUUAGCAGUUAUAAGAGUUCACUGUUGUUUUCUGUCACAAUUUGUGUCAGUAGGGAAUGUUCUUAGCUUAGUUCUUAACUAGGGAAAUUUAUGGACUCUGAACAAAAUUGUCUUUGGCGUCCUUGCAGAAACAGUCUGGAGCUGACGGGAGUUAGCGGCGUAGUAACAAAUUAAGCCGGCCUUUUACUGUGUCCCUUCCAGUGGCACCUUCCUUGGAGGAUGCCUCCUCAGCUAUGGCACUGCAAGGGGACAUGCCCGCAGCCCCUCCAGCUCCUACUCCACGGUGCUGGCUGCAGCUGGUGCCUCUGGAAGGCACACGUUAAUGGGGUCAGCACGCGACAGUACCGAGCCCUCUCCAACCUCCAGGAACCCACGCAAGCGCUUCCUGAGACAGAGGUGGGCUCUUGGCCUGUGUGACAGCACCAGAACCCCUAUGAUGGGCUGAGCAGAUGUGGGAGGGUUUUUUUCCUGUGCUGGGAAGUGUCAGGGCAUUGGCCUCCCACAUCCACUUGCGCAUUGGUACCUGUGCUCUGAUCCUGCCCUUUAGACACUUAGUAAAUGUUUAACAGAGACAGGGACAGCUGUGUCCAGACUGACUUGGCAUUUCAAAGGGCAGAUUUUCAGCAGGCAGAGCUGCAUUUCCAGAUGGCCGGAUGCUGCUGAGGAACCCCCUUUUCCUGUCAAUGUGUGAGCAUCUCUGCAUCCUUUGUGAACCAGAGGCAGGGCUCCUCCUGCCACCACAAGGCCACACAUCCAAGGGAACCUAAAACAAGGAAGCAAAGGGAUGUCCAAAGUUAAAUCUCAAGUCCAUAGCAGGGGAGAUAGACCUACCUGACUUACAGGUCAACACUCACUUGUCCACAGUGUUUUGUCAUUUGAAUUGAUCCAGGUCCAAGGUCAAACCCAUCAGUGGUGUUUAGAUGAAAGCCAUGCAUGCCCCUUUUCACAAGAAGAGUCAACUCAUAGCAGCUGGGUCUGGGAUUUCAUUGUAGCACCCACGACAUCUCCGUCACUGUGGACUAUCCCAGAAAAAGGCAGUCAGACAAAGUCAGACAGACUGUUCCUGUGCCCAGGAAAGGCUGCACCAUCUUUGCUUGCAAGAGCAAAAACUACAUCAACUUACUGUCAUCACGCUCCAUUAACACCUUCAGGUCUUAAGCAGAAUGGGUUUUGACAGAAAUUGUUUAUAACUAAGCUGUUUUCCCUCUAAAUUGGUAAUAAAUAUUUUUAAGUCAGUUUUGACUCCAUUUUGAUUAAAAUGAUGAAGAAUAAAUCCUUACAGCUGCAUCUUGUGUUCAUGUAUUUGUAACCAAACACUCUGGUGCUCUUUUUCGAAAUGAUUUACAAAAUGAGGCAUGUUAACUAUGCUGCUCUGAAAGAAUAUUAAAGACAUUUCACAAAAUACUGAAAUCAUAGUGAUUUGGGCUGGUCCCCUCUGGAGAACUUGUUGCAGUUGGCUCAGAGGGCUGAAUAAAUGUUUUCUGGGGACUCUCCAGUUUCUGACUCAUUUCAGCCUGGAAUAUCUAUUCAGAGCAUAAGACUCUCCUCAAUUUCAGUCCAACUCCACCAGCACUCACAGAACAUAACAGCUGGUAAGAAACUUGCCACUACCAAAUCUGCACCUUUCCAACAAUCAAGAACAUCAGUUGAGAGGUGAGGGUUUGUCUCUAUCAAUGCUUUUCCAUGUUGCUCAGCCAGGACUCCUGUUGGCUUUCCCUGAAUAAACUGCAAUAGGAUGGGAAGAGAGACCUCCCAUACCAAGCAUGACACCUCUGACAGCAGGGGCUGCUCUCUCUCCUAAUCAUCCCUACAUCUUUCCCACUUUUGUGAGUAUUGCACUAUUUUCCUUGAGCCUUUCCAUAGCCAAGUGGGUUGUACAGAUCCUACUUACAACUUCUCCAGCAAGGUAGAGACAUGAUCAGCAAAGAUGCUGUAGGGAGCUGUUAGUUCUUCACCAGAAGUCCAGGAGCAUUCCUACUUCUUCCAUCAUGUCUGGUGUCUUGCUCACAUCUGUCCCCACUGAGUGACAGCAGAGCCUUCAGCACCCUGAUGGUGAGGGACUGGGAUGUUCCCAGCUGCUCCAUGGCUGGGCACAAAGCUGACAGCAGGAAGCUGGGCUUUUCACUGGUCUCCUAUGGGCAAGCAGGGCAGCAGGGAAGCUGGAUGAUUUGAGUGAAAAGGAGAACAGUGGCAGGAAAAAACAAACAAACAAACAAAGGAACAAAACGAGACUGACUGCUUGGCGAGAUGAGGAUUUGUGCAGCAAACAGCUGUUUCAGACUGAAGGACGUACCAAUCCUAAUUUUGGGGGUUUUUUUUGUGUUUCAAGGGUGAGUUUUCCUAUGUUCAGGUGUUUCACUUCACCUCCUUUUUAAACAUUUGCUUUUAGCUACUUCAACUACCAUCUCGAAACUUUGUUUGAAGUGAAUGUCUGGGAUCCUGGAAAUGUUUGUGUCCCUAAUGUCCUCUGUCACUGCCUGCUACAUCACAGAGCUCUGUGUGCUUCAGAUACUGUAAGGGGACAACUGACCUGUUCUAACAACUCAUGUCCUGCUGGUAUCAGUUUUCUAGGGAGUCUUAUUUGCUCCUGAUGCUGUGACUAUAUAACAUUGUGACACGCUAAAUAAAGAAAAAAUCCUGCAAAGUAAAG